UUUCCCUCCCUUUGAUCGGACACCACUGGCGCGGUGUGACGACGGUGACGGUGACGGAGACGGCGCGCGCGGCUCGGCUCGGUUCCCUCGCGAGCGGACGGCCUUCUCUUGCGCGUGCACGGCCGUGUAACGAUCGCGAUCGCGUCCAGCUCCGCUCCAGCCGAGAGCUCGCUCGGUCUUCCCCACCUUCUCCGACUCUUGCCACCCGCCGACGUCGACGGCCACCGUCGUCCGCAGUUACACCGAGUCCGUUCGCGCAUUCGCAUUAAAUCCGAACCCGCGUGGCGCGCGUGUCCACCGUAACACCCCCUCGCCAUCGUAAACACGCCGACGUUACCCUCGCGGGGGAUCCUCGAACACCGCCGCGCGCGCGCGAUCGGGUGCGAGCGCGAGCGACGUGUCAUCGUCGUCGUCGUCCUUCGACGUCAGUCGGUCCCUUCGGUAGGGUGGUAGGUCAUCGGGAGAGGAGAUGCCCGUUGUCGUCCGCGAGCAUCGAGAGGAAACGUCGUGUGACACGAAACGCGCGUCCGGAGAUUUCAGCGGGUAACGACCAUUCAGCAGGAUACGGAUCGAGGGAUUGCGAAACCGCUGAUUGCGAUCACCAGCACGGAUGCAAAGAAUCGAGUCUCGCUAGAUUCCAUAGUCGAGGGACCGAUUUUGACGUCGAACACGAGGAUCUCCUCUCUCUCUCCUGGCAGUGUAUCGGUGUGCAGUGAUUAUACGGAAAUUGAUGCAUACAAAAUCACGCGGAAGCGAGAGAAAACAGCUGCCGGAAAUCGCACGUCGAUUUAUCGAAACCCUUCGCUACGGGAUCGACUGCACAAACGUGCGCAUCGUACUGCGUGUGAGGAGCUCACUUAGACGAUCCGCUCGUCAUCGUAAUGAUGCUGAAGAUCUCGUCGGCCGCAGCGAUGGCAACAUGAAGACCGUGAUAGAUCGCGCAUUCGAUCGACGAAGCUCCACUCCUACCAACUAUAAAUGACCGAUGUGACGCAACCAGUCAGGAAUAUUUUUAUGCAAAAUGACUCGCGCCCUUGUCCUUCUCUGCAUGGCCAUCAUUCUACCUCUCGUACGAUGCCACAAGAUCCACGAGCAUAUGACAAGGGAAGAGAUGCUAUCGGUGUUUUAUACGGGACACGAGUCUGUGCCGCCGUACGAAGUUGUGCCUGUGCUGCAUAUGGCGCACAAAAGAAGCGUGGACGCGAAACCGCAAAUUCACUUGAAGGCCUUCGGGAAAGAUAUCAGCCUUUCAUUGAAGCCCACGGAAGGACUGUUGACGGCCAAUAGCCUACCAAUGUGGACCGUUACUAGAAAUGCUUCGCAACCCGACGGUCUUCAUUACGAAAGAGUGAAGGAUGUCGACGUGGAUAUCGGUGACAUCUAUCAAGACGCGGAGAACAUGGCUUCCAUUCUGCUACACCAGGACACGAAUGGGAAAGUGCGCGUUGAUGGAACCAUCGGUUCAGAAUUAGUAAUUCGACCACUGCCAGAACGGGUUCUACAAGAAGUAGUGAGCAAAUCGCCAGCCCUUUACGAACCCGAAUUACUGCCCAAUGUUACUAGAAGCGAAGAUUUAAAAUAUACUACUCACCACGUUAUUUUCAAAAAAGUGUAUCAAUCUACCAGCGACGAGUAUAGCGACUUUUCGCUUAUGGAACCCGACCAUUUAGCCAAGAGAUAUAGAAUUAAGCGUUCAAUCAAUAACAGAUCGAAACGCGAAGCACCCUACGUUAUUUACCCGGAAAUCCUUUGUAUUGUGGAUUACGAUGGGUACAGAUUGCACGGCGGCGAUAACGUGCAGAUAAAGAGAUACUUCGUAUCCUUUUGGAACGGAGUAGAUCUAAGGUAUAAGUUACUGAAGGGGCCAAAAAUACGUAUCAGUAUAGCGGGAAUAAUUAUCUCAAGGGGACGAGACGCGACACCGUACUUAGAAAGGAAUCGCGUGGGAAGAGACGCAAUCGACUCGGCAGCCGCUCUGACCGACAUGGGCAAAUACCUUUUCCGGGAGAGGAGACUUCCUGUAUACGACAUUGCCGUUGCCGUUACAAAAUUAGAUAUGUGCAGGAGGCAAUACGCGAAUGAUGUGUGCAAUAGAGGAACAGCAGGAUUCGCUUAUGUCGGCGGAGCGUGUGUCGUGAAUAAGCGUCUCGAAAAAGUCAAUUCGGUCGCUAUUAUCGAAGACACAGGCGGAUUCAGCGGCAUUAUCGUCGCUGCACACGAAGUGGGUCAUCUAUUGGGUGCCGUUCACGAUGGUUCACCUCCACCCAGUUACUUAGGUGGCCCAGGCGCUGAAAAGUGCCGUUGGGAAGACGGCUACAUCAUGAGUGAUCUCAGACACACCGAGAAAGGUUUCAAGUGGUCUCACUGUAGUGUGUCCUCCUUCCAUCACUUUUUAAACGGUGAUACGGCAACCUGCCUAUACAACGCGCCUCACGAAGACGAGGCGCUACCUCGAGUACUUCCAGGAAAACUGCUAUCUUUAGAUGCGCAGUGCCGAAAAGAUCGUGGAACGAGUGCUUGUUUCAAAGAUGAUCGAGUUUGCGCUCAGCUGUUCUGCUUUGAUGCUGGAUCUGGGUACUGCGUGGCAUAUCGUCCAGCGGCGGAAGGCUCGCCUUGCGGGGAUGGUCAGUACUGUCUAAAUGGAAAAUGCGUAGCGGAACACGAGAACAUAAUACCCGAUUAUACGCAAAAUAUUCCAACGUAUGUACGCCGGGACAGCAUUUUCAAUCCCACGGUGCACAAUCGGCCAAUAUUCGCUCAAUAUAACAACACAGAUUACAGGUACCCAUGGAGAUCAACGACACAGAGCACGCCAUUAUCGAAUGUAAUCGCGUCGACACCGACGACGACGAUAAUGACGUCGACAACCAAUUCCUAUAAACGCGUCACAGCUCCAUUCGUAAAUACAGUGCCGAGAUACACACAAACCACCGUCAAUAAUUUGUAUACCGAUCGAUAUAAAACUAGAUACAAUUAUAAUAACAAUAAUAGUAAUAAGGGCAUCGGUGCUGGUAUCAGCACAACCACCAGGAGAAACAUCAAUUUCUUCAACUCAUAUUACACCGUCAGUACAACUCCGAAGACCACUAACGGUCCAAAAGUUAGUCUGUUCAAGUAUAAAAACACGCUCAAUGUGUCGCUUUCCACGACCACCAAAGGAUAUCAGAAUGGCCCUCGAAAUGACGGCCGCGGAACAGAGGCCGGUGAAUGCAUAGAUGUGGGAUCAGAUUGCGCGGAGCUGAUUGAUAGGCUGAGAACAUGGCUGUGCCAUUUACAAUCUAUGAAGACUCGCUGCUGCGCAUCCCUGAAGACGAUCUGUGCUGACUAAUACAUAUAUAUAACGACAUAAAAAGAAGAAAAAUAAAUUUGCUAAAUGUCGCGCUUAAACGCCUACCACGAGGAUAUUGUCAAGCGUGUUGUCCCUUCGCCGUUGUGACGCAUCCGGAGAUUCAUCGAGACGCGUCGUUCUGGCGGAACGGAAGGAGAUCGAAUAGAAUAGAAGAUCCGUUUAUCUCGAGUUUUCCCCCUGUUAGAGAGAUAUUUAAAGCUCUCGAACGUGUCGCGCGAUCGAGGCGAGAUCACAAUCGAUUCUCCAAGUAAGUUGCCGUAUCUCAUAUACUUCCGGUCAUAAUCCGUCAUGUUGCAAUACGGUACCGCGAAAGUUUCGCACAAUGAGUAUACCGAAUGUCGUGAAUAUAAAAUAAGAAAAAGCAGAGCCAACUAUCAAUCGGUACGAUAUUUCGGCUGCAUUUAUGUUUAUUUCAUAAAGAACAAUCUCGUGAAAGACUCGUUACGGCACAGGUGCGUCAUGCGCGUGUUUUAACAAGUGUGCACGUGCGCGGAUGGAGCCAUUCGAAAAUCACGAAAAUUGUAUAGCGCAAGACAAAUAAAUGGGAAUGAUUAAGAAACUUAAAAA